ACCGGCACACAGGGCCACUGAUUACAGCCACCAGUCCAGGGAUGGAACGAGAAGACUGAACGUGAUCAGAGAGGCGCGUAUUCAAACAAAUUCUGACAAAAUGGUGGCAGAAGAAGUAGUGGUCACCCUCUCAGGUGGAGCUCCUUGGGGGUUUCGACUGCAAGGAGGAACAGAGCAGAAGCAACCCCUUCAAGUGUCUAAGGUGAGGAAGCGCAGUAAGGCCUGCCGGGCAGGUCUCCGGGAAGCUGAUGAACUGGUGUCGAUUAAUGAUGUGUUUUGUGGUGAACUGUCUCACGCUGAGGCCAUGACCCUGAUCGACAAUGGCCGGGGAACCCUUCAUUUACGGAUUAAAAGGGCUCCUAUGGGGUUCCCAUCAGUAGUCCUACUGGAUCGAGCCCCCUCUCCUCGCAUCGAUAAAGAAUAUCGGGCAGCACUCCGAGCUUUGUCUCCUCCAGUGUCCUCGAAAGUGUCAUCUGUCCAUAGAGGAUCAGUCAUGUCACCCACCAAUGGCCCAGAACGGCUGAGAUCACCUCCUGAUAGUGAAGCAUAUUAUGGUGAGACAGACAGUGAUGCAGAUGUUGCAGCUCAGGACAGACAGCGUAAGCAGAAGCGUCGCAGUCCCAGCAUCUCCCCAGCCAAAGCCCUUGGCCGAAGCUCCCCCCAUCAGGAUGACACCUCUGAGAUGAGUGGCUGUGAGAGCAUAUCUGAUAUCUCUGCAUACUCCCAGACUCAAUCCUGGACCAUUCCUAAUGGCAUACACGAAGGGGUUGGGCUUCCACAGCAGAAGAGUUUACUUGGAGUGGCACGAAGAGAGGUGGUGUACCAGCCUAAUGGAGUGGAGUCAUCUCUUCAGGCCGAGCACUCUUCUGAGAACUCUGAACAAAGCCCAUCAGGUGCUGUAGAGGUGGAUAGUGGAUUCCAGGAAUCCCCGACAGUUCCACUUGUGUCUCCAACACGGGCCAAAGAGGUACUCAUGCGCAAAUCCUACACACAGCUGGUGCCAAUGGUGGGUCCUGUGGAUAACCCUGUAGAUGAAGAGCUCACCAUGACAUAUAUGGAUAAAGCCAAGGAAGCUAAACUGCACAAAAGUGAGAGCGUACAGGACAAACAGGUGAAGGAGGCUCGAUCCAAGUGUCGCACCAUUGCCUCUUUGCUGACAGACGCUCCCAACCCUCACUCCAAAGGUGUGCUUAUGUUCAAAAAGCGUCGGCAGAGAGCCAAAAAAUACACACUCACCUGUUUCGGCAGUGUUGACACUGAGAGCUGUAGCAACACAGACGGAGAGACGGAGGACGAGAGCCUUUUCCUUGGCAGUGAGUCAGAGCUUGAUGAGGACAGCCUUUCUGCAGCACCAGACCCUACCUGGGACAGUGGCUACCUGGACGUUUUGGACAGGAGGACAUCGGCAUGUGUGGUGUCUGAUGGGGAGGCAGAGGGUAACUUGGGCUUGAGUGGUACUUCCGGGAGAGGGGCACAGCUUUUUGAGCAGCAGAGGAAGAAGGCCGAGAAACAUAUACAAACACCCAUUACUCCUACACUGGCCCCCAUGCCCCAGCAACAGCUUGACACCAUGCAGACUGACAUGUCUGUGACUCCAAUGACCCCAAUCUCCUCCAACAAAACCAGUAUGAUGAAUGGGGACCCUGUGAUAGUGAGCAGAACCAGCGUAGUGUUGUCUUCACCAGGCCAGACUCCCAUGCCCACUAUGCCAGGAGCCUCUCCAGAGCAGUCGGAUGCUUGCUCUGGUAGCUCAGUUCUCAACAGAACUGCAAGACCUUUUGCCCCAGGUUGUGUGAGUCACAGAGCUGCAACAGCCCCAGUUGUCUUCAAGCCCAAUACUGCCAAGAAAACCCCACCUCAGGCUCAAGCAGUGUCUGUGGCAACAAUACCAACUCCUUUCUCUCCUACUGGCUCUGAUGGAAAGAGAGCAGUUGCCAGUACAUCCCUUUACAUCCCCCCAAGACCAUCCACUGUCAAUAUCCCCACCUCUAUCUUGUCUCCAUCCUCCUCUGUGGCCUCUGCUCCAUUUUCCCCAGCUUCUUCAAAUGCUACACCUUUCACACCACAGGGUUCAGGCACAUCUGCUUAUCACGCUCCUCCAGCUGCCACUACUCCACCAUUUAACUUAGCCCCAGCUAUGAAUUCCCAGUCUUUUUCUUCACCACCAACACAAAAUAUGUCCUGUAACCCACCUCCUAUCAUGGCUGAACCUACCCCACCACCCACUGUGCAACUGCAGUCAUAUUUAUCCACUUACACCCCUAACCCAUCCCUUCCCUAUAUCCCAGGCCCUGCCCCUGUUCAAGUAAAUGCACCAGCAUCUCAAGGCCCAAACAUGCAACCAUCACCUCACAAAGUUUCUUUCAACCCAUAUAUCUCAGUGGCAACCACAACAUCUGGAACAACAGACUCUCCCAUGGUCCAUCAGUAUCCCCUUUCCAAUUCGAGUACAGGGAUUUCUUCUCGAGAGCAGCGAAUUUCUGUACCUGCUGCCCGAACAGGCAUCCUGCAGGAAGCCCGUCGCCGUAGCACUAAGAAACCCAUGUUCAGUAAGACUGAAGAGAAGAAGCCUGUGUCCUACAACCCUGAGUUGUUGUCUCUAGUGCAGAACCUGGAUGAGAGAUCCCAUUCUGGGGCAGAGCCUGGAUUUGAGUCAGGUCCAGAGGAAGAUUACCUCAACCUGGGUGCUGAGGCUUGCAACUUCAUGCAGGCUCAAAGGAGCAAGAUACCUCCAGUGGUUGCUCCUAAGCCAGCAAAUAGUACAAUUGAUAUCCCCCAGAUGGGAGGAAAAGGAGCAGAUCUGUUUGCUCGUCGACAGAGUCGCAUGGAUCGCUAUGUUGUGGACAAACAACCCAUGUCUCCAGCCAGGCCACGAGAGCCCUCACCUACUCCAUCUCUUCCAGCUCACUGGAAAUACUCCCCCAAUGUUCGUGCCCCUCCACCUAUCAGCUACAACCCACUGCUGUCUCCCUCCUGCCCCCCAGUGGCACAAAGAGGUAGUAAGGCCAAUGAGGCUGCAAGAAGUGGAACAAAGACAAAUCCUGGUCAUCACAAACAAGGCAUCAAAGCUCUGGACUUCUUAAGCAGACAGCCAUAUCAGCUCAAUUCCUCCUUGUUCAGUUAUGGUGGGGGAGUACCCCAGAAUAUCACCACCUAUCAACCACAGCAGCAGCAGCCAUCAGUGUCAAAUGGAGUUGGGGUAGCCAGCACAACCCUAAACUCACCAAAACAAGUGCCUGUCAAAGCAUCACGUGUAUAUGAGAUCAAACGCUUUUCAACUCCCACCCCAAUGUCAGCACCCACAGGCCUGAACCCCACUGUAAUUGUACCACGCUCUGCCACCACUCUAGCUGAGCCUGUGUGGCAUUCUGACAUUGCAUCACCUCCACAAUCUGCUGCACUUUUCUCCCCACCACCUUCUGCCCCUACAGGGGCCCUGCCAGCACUCCCCAAACUUUCCACUGCCCCUGUACCCAAUGCAGUGCCCAUCCCAGGGCCUGUUCCCAUGCAAGCCAAUGCACCUUUCCAGGAAGCCAAGUUAAAGAGCGCCCCAGAUCUGAGUCCCUUCUGCCUAAGUGGUAUGCGCUCAGCAGGGUCUGCAAGUAGCCAAAAUCUGCAAGCACCAAGACCACGCUUUAGCACCUCUAGUAUGGGACUGCAACCCAAUGUGUGGAGGCCAGGCUCCAUAAUCUACUAAGCAAUAGACUGUAAUUUAAAAACAAACAAACACCACCAUAUUGUAACACUAAUCACAUCAGAGACCCUGCCUGAAUGAUUGUGAAUCAUUUGCCACAACAAUAGGAUUAAGACACUGAUUCCGUGAUUUAUUCAGAACAUGAAUUAUUUGUCAAACAUUUGUAUAUCACUUUAAAUAGCUGUAGCUUUGAUCUGCAAAUUUCCUGCUAUUUCACUUGUUAUUAAUGUCAUGAAUGUGUGAUGCACAGAAAAUGAUGUAUGAUGGUAAUACUGGGAUAUUUUUUGGCUUAACAAGCAAAUGAUCUAGUGCUAUUUACUUAACCGGAUCUAUCAGGAGAAGGAACGACCAGGGACAUUGGUUAAGUGGUUGGAAAUGGUAGCACUAGACAAAAAAGGGUGAUGGAUGAAAAAAGAGGGCUGUAACUUUGAAAGAUGAGGAUGAAAGAUAGAUGAAUAUGUGCAGCUCAUCUUGGUGUCAAGAGUUAUGGACUGUCUGGGACUGACUCAAGGUCUCCCGAGGGUUUGUAUACGUGUUAAACUUGUCAUCGGAUGUUAUAAAGAACGUGGAUAUAUCUGAAGCAGUGAUGGACAGACAGUGAGACACAGUUAUUGUGACAGAAGAGACAUAGAGGAAAGAUGCAAGAAGGAUUCUGUGUGGAAACAUGAUUGAUGUCCUCACCAGGAGAGAUGGCACAAACCAAAGUUAACCAUAUCUGGAUACAAACCACUUGGCUAUUUGAUGCAUGUGCACAUCUGCGCCUGCUGCUGAUUCAACCUGCUGAGAGCUGCGUUCAUCUACAAUCUGUAAUGUAUGUGAAUCUACCUGAAGAGUUGAGAUGAUUGUAUGACAGGUUGUUAUUUUUAAAUACUAUCAACUGAAUGCUGCUCUAGCUUUUAUAAUUGCUUUUGCUUUUGCUUUUUUUUUUAAUUCUUGUGUUGUUAUUUUUGCAUCCCAAGCCUCCUUUUCAUAUGUGAAAACUGUCUAAAUGUGUAAAAAUGAUAUAUGUAGAUACACUCUCAGAAAAAAAAGGUACUAAACUGUACAUUUCCUUGUCCUUGGGGUGGCACCAUCAAACAUAUAUCUUUUGGAUCUUUAUUGUAUAUCUUUUGAUGGAAUAGUGCAUACAUUGUACCUUUUAUAUCUUUACACUAAAAAUAAUUACAUUUUCAACAGUAAACCUUAAGGUCCAAAUACCCUCACCAGCCACUUUAAUAGGAACUUGUUCUUGAUUCUAAGAUUCCUGUUCUUGGCUGGCAGGAGGGGCAGCACAGUGGUGCUGUGGUUAGCACUGUCGUAGCACAGCAAGAAGGUUCUGGGUUCGAGCCCCGUGGCCGGCGAGGGCCUUUCUGUGUGGAGUUUGCAUGUUCUCCCCGUGUCCGCGUGGGUUUCCUCCGGGUGCUCCGGUU